GGCAACCAAGCCUGCGCGUCAGCAAACCUCUCCCUUACGCGAAACCAUUUACUUUUCUGUAGUUUUAAACAAAAAGCUACCGCCGCCUGCUCACCUGCUCACAGGAAAUUAACUUUUGUGUUUCAAUCAUAAGGUGGAGUUUAAUUUUUGGUAGCCAGGAGCCGCGUUGAAAGACGGAGACAUGGCAACGACAACCUGUACACGUUUUACUGACGAAUAUCAGCUAUACGAGGAACUCGGAAAGGGGGCUUUUUCUGUGGUGCGCCGAUGUGUCAAGCUGGUCUCGGGUCAAGAGUACGCGGCCAAAAUCAUCAACACCAAAAAGCUCUCUGCCAGAGAUCACCAGAAGCUGGAACGUGAGGCUCGAAUUUGCCGUCUGCUGAAGCACCCCAAUAUUGUUCGUCUUCAUGACAGUAUAUCAGAGGAAGGCUUCCACUACCUGCUGUUUGACCUGGUAACUGGUGGGGAGCUAUUCGAAGACAUAGUCGCCAGAGAGUAUUACAGUGAAGCUGACGCCAGUCACUGCAUCCAUCAGAUACUGGAGAGUGUCAGUCACAUUCACCAACAUGACAUAGUGCACAGGGACCUCAAGCCUGAGAACCUGCUCUUGGCCAGUAAGUGUAAGAAUGCUGCGGUGAAGCUGGCUGACUUCGGUUUGGCCAUCGAGGUGCAGGGAGACCAGCAGGCUUGGUUUGGGUUUGCGGGGACACCGGGGUACCUGUCCCCUGAGGUGUUGAGGAAGGAGGCGUACGGGAAACCUGUGGACAUCUGGGCCUGUGGGGUGAUCCUGUACAUUCUUCUGGUUGGCUAUCCUCCUUUCUGGGAUGAGGACCAGCACAAACUCUACCAGCAGAUCAAAGCUGGAGCCUAUGAUUUCCCGUCCCCUGAGUGGGACACCGUGACCCCUGAAGCCAAGAACCUCAUCAACCAGAUGCUGACCAUCAACCCCACCAAGAGGAUCUCCGCCCAGGAGGCUCUCAAACACCCGUGGGUCUGCCAACGCUCCACAGUGGCCUCCAUGAUGCACAGACAGGAGACGGUCGAGUGCCUGAAGAAGUUCAACGCCCGAAGGAAACUCAAGGGAGCUAUUCUGACCACCAUGCUGGUGUCUCGAAACUUCUCUGUGGGUCGACAGACUACGGCUCCUGCUUCGGUCACUGCAGCAGUAGCAGCGGCGGCCGGCACCACCGCCGGUCUGGUGGAACAAGCAGCCAAGAGCCUGCUCAACAAGAAGGCCGACGUCAAGAAACGGAAAUCCAGCUCCACGAUUCAGUAUAUGCCCCAGACAAACAGCACGAAAAACAGCAUAGUCACCAGCCCCAAAGGAAACGUCCCUUCUCCCGCUCUGGAGCCUCAGACCACUGUUAUCCAUAACCCAGUGGAUGGGAUCAAGGAGUCUUCAGACAGCAGUAACACCACCAUUGAAGAUGAGGACGUGAAAGCGCGUAAACAAGAGAUCAUCAAGAUCACAGAACAGCUGAUCGAGGCUGUCAACAAUGGAGACUUCGAGGCCUACGCGAAGAUCUGCGAUCCGGGACUGACGUCCUUCGAGCCAGAAGCUCUGGGGAACCUGGUGGAGGGAAUGGACUUCCACAGAUUCUACUUUGAGAACCGUGAGCGAUCAUUGCUGGCUAAGAACAGUAAGCCCAUCCACACCACCAUCCUGAACCCGCACGUGCACCUGAUUGGAGAGGACGCUGCCUGCAUCGCCUACAUCCGCCUCACGCAAUUCGUGGACGGCCAGGGACGCCCCCGCAGCAGCCAAUCAGAGGAGACCAGGGUAUGGCACCGCCGCGAGGCCAAGUGGCAGAACGUCCACUUCCACUGCUCUGGAGCUCCGGCGGCCCCACUGCAGUGAAGGAGCUGCAGUGGGUGCGUCUGACUGGUGUGCUGUCGUGGGCAGGAGAUGGAGGGAUGGAGAGAGGGACUGAAGGAGGCAGGACAGGGGAGAACGAGUGCAAGGCUGGGGAGCCUCCUCCACGGUCGGAGUCCCUGGCCCUCCAGCUCUGCACCAACCCUGUCCAGCCAACGCAUCGCAUGCACACCGCCACUCUUUAUCGCCCUCUGGUGGCCCGGGGUCACACUGCAGCCUCACUGGCCUCCGUCCCGCCAUCUGAACUCUCCUCUGAAGCGAAACACAGCUGCACCCCCCCCACCCCCCACCCCCUGCCUCCUCUGGAAGGAACCACAGCGCACAUAUCAGAUCGAGACUUACAGCUCCUGUGUUCUGCAUUAGAACCGCACCCUCUGCUCCUGUGUCUCCCCUCACCGGGAAAAGUGUCGCACCCUGUGACGAGGGUGGGCUAGAAAUAUCAGAACCUUCAAAUGAAGUUCAUAUUAUUAUUAAUAUUAUUAUUAUUAUUAUUACUAUUAUUGCUAUUAUUAUUACUACUACUACUACUAUUAUUACUACUUCUUUCAUCAUCAUUGGUAAUGCUGUUGUUCUAUUGAGGUUGUAUAUUUAAUAGUAUUAUUCUUGAUGCCAGUGGUAAAUCUAUUUUAUCAGAGGAUUUUUUUUCCCAUUUUUUUUUUCAUUUGUAUUUUUUGAAAUGCAUGUUUUUUUUCAGUAUUAUUCUCAGUGGCUGUUUUUUAAUGUGCUCGAGUAAUACGAAAUGUACUUACAAUUUUACACACUCACCUGUAAGUCAUUAAAACUACUGAUCAGCGCAGCUUGUGACUGGAAGAAAAGCAUUGUGGGAAAGGCCUUCAGACAGGAAAUGGAUUGGCUGAGGGGAGAGAGAUGUAGGGUUCCACUGUUGUCCGCCCCCUAACUCUGUCUUGGCCAUCUGUGUGUUCUUAUGCGCCUGAAGGAGGUACUUUUGUUUAAUCUUGGUUUCUUCAGAGUAGGAUGUGACACGUCACCUCUUUCAUAGAAUUAUGAUAGUUCUGGUGUUGCCAUGACUACAAUUAACAUCAAAUACCUUCAGGAUCCCGCAGCUAUAAUUAGAUUACAUUAAACACUCCGUCUGAAUCCUUUGUGUCUGAGCCACAUUCACUGUCAGUCCUACUCUUUACUUUCAGUCCGGGCUUGAUGCUUUCCAGGGGCUUCUGGAUGAAAUGGCAGAGCCAGCAUCUGCAGGGCAGUGUACAAUCGAUGCUUAAUACCGUGUUCAGAUACACUUGCACUUGGACACACUCAUAAGGUGCGUUUAUAGUUAAAUUAGUCUGGUUAGUCUUAGGAUUUCAGUGAAUUCUUCUGUGAUCUUUGUAUGGUAGUUUAAUGAGCUUUUAUGACCUAGGGGAUAUUUGAUGUAGUAAGGCGGUAGAGUCGUUCUUGACAGGACAGCUGAAUCAAUAAGAGGAGGUAAUGUGCCCAGACUCAACCCACAGCGGGGAAGUGAGGUAGGGUAGAGUGAGGAGAUGCAUGGCUUCUACAGGAAAUGACACAGGAAGUGUGAAGCCAUCUCUUAGGCACCCGGGCAUCAAUAUCCCCUUUUUCACUUCUGAUUUCUCUUUACUAUGACUUAUAUUCUGAUUAUUUCACCCUGAUUUUUGUAUGUCAUAGAAAAUAUAUGUUUUGUGGAGUGUUUAUUUUUCCCUAUGUGUUUCUGUAAGACUCAAUGUGGUGUCUAUAUGGGCAUUACACGUUUGUUUAACUGAUGAGGUGAACAAGAAAUACUUUUGUUGCUCUUGUGAAGGUGAAAGAAUUAUCUUUCUUUGUAAGAGGUGCUGAAAACAAUUGCUACUGCUGCAGAUCAUGGUUAAUAAGCUCAUGGAUGUUAUUUAGUUACAGAAAUGUAUGGCAGCAUAAGCUUCUAGAGAGCUAUUAUUUCCCAUUGGAUAUUUGUGAGUGGAGCUGAUUUAUUAACUAUGGUUACAUUGAAACACACACAGACACACACAGACACACACACACACACACACACACACACACACACACACACACACACACACACACAGACACACACACACACACACACACAUACACAAGUAUAGCACCCAUAUAUGUUUGUUUACAUGUGUGUAUGUGUUCAUUAAGGCACAUAUGUCCUUGUUUGCUCAUAUGCCACAAUGCAAUGACAAUAUGAAGCCUGAAGGUGAAUAGAAUGCAUUGCUAUGGAGAUAAGUAAUAACAUAAUGCAAAGAGCUUCCUGGUAACCUGCACAGUUUAUCCUAUUAUUUGAGUGCAGAUUUGAUCUGUGUAGAGAUAUGAAAUGAAGAAAGAGAUGACGACAUAAUGAGAUGUGAAGCAGAUUCUCUCAGUGGCAGCAUAUCUGUUUAAUAUCAUUCUUGUGAUUUAAAAAAAAAAAAAAAAUUUUGUUCUCCUCUACAAUGUGAUAUCUGUUGUCUUUCUAUUGUCAUGUGGAACCCUACUGGUUUGAUGUCGGGGGACUCUUGGUAGAAAGACACCCAAGGGUUUUGAGAAGUUUUCACCCUGGGUUUUCAGUGUUUUCAACUCUCAACCUUCUCCAGAGCCGGUUAUGUUAAGUUAGAGCGAGUUAAGAGAUCAAAACCUGUAGAGAACGUUUAUAAAAUGUAUAAAGAACUGCCUUCUGACCCCUCCUCAGACAGCAGAGGAAUCCGUACUGGGCGUGGCCCACAGCCGGGCCACAUCUGUCGCACCGGCCUCUAUCCCCUCGGAACAGCGGUUGAAACAGCAUGCUGACAUUCUAUAGUGAUGUUCUCUCUCCUAUCUGUGACACACAGUGCAAAUACUCAAAUAUGACAGAUGAAUAUAACAAUAACUUUAAAAGACUUCAUACAUACAGUAUAGUGUACAACAACAAGUAUGUAGUGAUAACAUAGGUGGCAUCUAUUUGCAUGAAAUUCAACAUGAAAAUACAUUUGGUGUUUUUACCUGUAUUUCAUAUCGUUGAUUUCUUUUUUUACUGAAUGCUGGUGAGUUAUGAUCCUCUAUCUUCUUUAUUAACUUUGUGCAUAUACCAAUUUUUGUCUCAAGAUGAUGAUGAUGACGAUGCUGAUGAUGACUAUGAUUAUAAUGACGAUUAUGACUAUCAAGGCAUAAGUAAAAAUGAUUGUAUUGCAUGUUUUUGUACAGGGUUUCUUGUUGUUUGAGCAGGAUAGGAUGGUCAUGAAUUUUAACUGGGAGGACUUGGGAGUCUUAAUUUGUGCAGUUUUUUAUUCUGCCUGAACAAUCCAAGCUUGUCAUACUGGCUUUGAGAGUGCAUCAUGGGAAAUUGUGUCUCUAGUUGUGCUGAUGAUGCUAGUGAACUGCAUGCUUUGGAAGUUCACUUACUGCUGAGUAUCAUGCAGAAGCACUGCAGCGUUUACCAUGGACACAGUCCAGAGUUUACAGAGAGCCCCUGUUUUGCGCUGCAAUAUUAUUUUGCUGAGACUUGAAAUAUAAUUGCAACACAUAGAGGGCGCCAGACAUCCACGUUCACCGCCUCACUUUGGCCCUUAUAACAGAAAGUCACUUGCAGCAGCAACAUGCCAUGAAUGUAGAGGACCUACAUGGUCCUCACAAACGGAUGUGAAAACAGCGAGUUUGCUGAGUCAGUGAGAUGAUUUCCAUACUCGCCAGACAAGUCAUUAAGUAGUAGUUUGCGAAGUUCUUCUACGGCAAUAAGAAGCCAGUGUUUGCCUGUGCAUCCCCAUGGCACUGGUAAUUGGAUCACACUGUUAUGCAAAGUAUUACUACUGUGGGGGUUAGAGCAUUCUUAAAAUUAUGGUGUAACGUCCCAGGCCAGUGAUGAAACAAAGGUGUGUGUGUGUGUGUGUGUCUUUGCGUGUGAAUGUAUGAGUGAGUGAGUGUGUGUGACAGAGAGACAGAGGGGAAAGAGUUUAUUAGUGCCGAAUCCCUCCUUUUUUUAGUGACACCUCGCUGCUCUUACAACAUCAAGCCACAGCUAUUUGUAGUGUUUCUUUUAUGUCCUUUGAUCCCUAAUCCUAUUGCCCGUAUUGGUUUCAGUUGCUUUGCUUAUGGUUUCUCUGACGCUGCGCCUUUGAGAUCUGUCGGCUUGUUGUUUUUGAAGGGGGGGUUUUGUAUAUAAUCUCAUGAUGUAUAAUGAGAUUAUGUGAAUCCUGUAAGAUUACACAACAACAAUAUUAUUACUAUUAUUAUUAUUAUUAUUAUUACUUCUAUAUUUCUCUUGACUCUUCCUGGUAUUGCUGCUCUGUUCUUCCAAUGUGGUCUGUGUUCUAAAAGUUAAGGAAAUGUGUUAAGAUGUUAUCGUUAUGUUAUCAAUAAAAAAUUAUGGUACAAA